GAAACUGACCAAUGAGAUGCACUGUCUGUUACUCGACACGGAAAUAAGUUUAAGGCGCCAAUUUUGUCUUCUUGUUGACAUCGACAAAAUUUUCCUGUCUCUGUUUGUUCUACUCGUCAUAACAUUGCUGCAAUGGCUGAAAACACUUUUCCUAUUUAUAAUGUGGAUGCGAUAGUGAACUUUUACCGAACAGAAGUUCUCACUGGCCAAGAGGCCAAGCAUUUCACCAACAGCGACUUAACUCCGACACCCAAGCCAGAGGCAGUUCAAACAUUGUACAUGAGAGUGCUGCAUCUCCUGUAUCGCUUCAGACCUGAGUGUCACUUUAUGGUGCCACCUGUGGAUAACCUGCAGUAUCCAGAGUAUCACGAGGGAGCUACUGCUCUUAUGAGUGUCUACAUGUGCAUGCGACAGUUUCUACCUGUGUGCAUGGUAUAUGAUUUCUCACUGAAUGAUCUUCUAACCCCAAAAAAACAGAGGACUCUGACUAUUCUAAGUGCCAUCAUGAACUUUGUGCACUUCAGGAACCAAAGGAUGGUCGUGAUGCAGGAGAAACAGGCCAAACUGAGGGCAGACCUAGAGAGGCUACAGACUUACACCAGAGCCAAUCUAGAAAUGGAGAAGAAGAUUCAGAUGCUGACGACUAUCCCACCAGAGCAGCAGGCCGAGGCCGACGAGCUGGCAGCAGAGGUCGCUGAGCUGCAUGCCACCAACAUGCAUGAAUUACAGGAAGCGAAUGUACUAAAUGAGAACAUUGCAGAAUGGAAGACCAAGAUCGCAGAGAAGUCUCAGAAACUGGCCCAGGUGAAGGUGGAUAUCAGCAGCCUGAAGGAAGAAAUCGGCAAACUCAAGUCUCAAAUCGUGGAGUCUCCAGAGGAGCUGAAGAGCCAGAUGGAGAAGAUGAGGGAGAAUGUCAGGAUCAUCAAGAACUCCAUUAAAGAAGCAGAUGAGCGUGUGGUGGAGCUGCAGAACAUGGUGCAGAACACGACUCACGCUGAGGCUGAGAUCCAGCAGAUGUACAAUCUGCUGCAGGACCUGGAAAGCAGCAUGAACACCACCAAGCAGAGACAGGAGGAGUACCAGGAGCUGACAAUUCAACACGAGAAGGUUCAGAAGGAGCUGAAAAACCUGUGUAUGGAGGAAGGCCAGUUGAAGCGCUCUUUGGCCAUGAAGCUGGACAAAGAGUCCAAACAGAGCAUUCGCAGACGGAUGAAGAAAGAGAUGAAGGAGCAGCACAUUCAAGAUGUUUUGGGGCAGUGUGAUCAAAUCCAUCUGAAGCGUGAGGAAAUGGCCAACAAAAUCCAGGAGAUCUCUAGAGAGACGCAGCAACUGAAAGCCAAGACCCAGAACCUGAGAGACAUCGGUAGUAAAGAGACAGAGAAAGCUCAGGCUCUGUUUGAUAGCCUGUCAGCUUCACUUGAAGACUUGCACAGAAGAAUUGAGAUGCAAACGAUGGACCUGAAAAAAGAUGUUGUCAAGAUGUCGGCCAACUUUUGAGUUCAUUUUUGUCAGUUACAUUAUGUCCUACUUAUGUCAUGUAUUUGUGUUUUAACAUUAAAACUUAAAAAGUUGUAUGUUAAAUGAAAUUUGAAAUAGUUUCAUGUACAUUAGUUAAUAAAU